AUGACGCCUCUCCCCAAGUCUCGACCCAUGUUCCGCUUUGACACGGGAUCGGGCAAAAAGUCGUGCAAACCCAAAGGCCACAAGAUGAGCCCAAACUCGUCGCCAUGGGGCGUCUUUGGCGCCAACGACGAAUGGAAGCCGUUGGCCGCUCCUGACGUGUCUCGAGCUCUGGCUGACGCCAACAAAGUGGUCGCGGAGAUCGCAAUUGCCGCUUCCGUCCCCUCGUCGCCUUCGCCGAAGUCGUCAGCCUUCAACAAACGACACGUGCAAAGCAUCACGCACGCCUCCAGCCCGUCCAAGCGUACACGCACGGUGGAUUCGCCGGUUUCGUCAUCGCCUUGCAAGGAGAAUCUCGAUCCUCUAUUUCCGACUAUGUAUCCGUCGAUGCGAGCCUACACGCGAUCAAAGGCUCCUCGCGAAGCUCCCACCGCUCUGCCUCUCUCAACCGUUCGCUGA